AUGUCCGACGAAAUUCCUUUCCAUAUCCAAGAGCUGAUCAUCAAAAGGCUUCCUAUCGUAUCAUUGCUUCAGUUCAGAGCCGUCUCGAAAACCUGGAAAUCUUUGAUUAACAACUCUAAUUUUAUCGCUGCUCACAGCAUUACUGAGUCGCAACAUCUCCUUAUAAGGUAUGAAGAUAAGGAAUCUGACACUGUUGGAAAGUAUCUUUCUUUCGUAGAUGAUGACAUUUUCCCUCACCAGAGGUUUGUUCAUACCCUUCCUCGUUCCAUUAAACUACUCAAAAAUGCAAAUAUAGUCGGUAGUUCUUUUGGGAUAUUUUGUUUCCAUGAGUUUUGGAGCUUCAAAGUCGAAAAAUCGGUGUUUUUGAUCGGAGUUUGCGGCCGGCGGCUAGGGUUUCGGAGUUCACGGCCGGAGCUUACUGCCGGAAAUAGUUCAUGGCCGGUGGCUAGGGUUCCCGAGCUUGUGGCCCGAGGUUCACGGUCCGAGCUUGCGGCUCAGCCUCGAUGGUUUACGGCCUCGUAG